GAGUGUUCCAGGAGAUGGUUAAGACCGAAUGUCAUUUCAUUAACGGCACCGAGCGGAUGAGGUUCGUGAAGAGGUUCAUCUAUAACCGGGAGCAGUACGUGCACUUCAACAGCGAUGUGGGGCACUUUGUAGGGGACACCCCCUAUGGGGAGGAGCUUGCCAGGUACUGGAACAGCGACCUGGAAUGGAUGGAGCACAGACGGGAUGCGGUGGACAGGCACUGCCGGCACAACUACGAGUUGUCCACCCCGUUCCUCGUGAAGCGACGAGUGCCUCCCACCGUGUCCAUCUCGCUGGUGCCCUCGAGCUCCCAGCCCGGCCCCGUCCGCCUGCUCUGCUCCGUGAUGGAUUUCUACCCUGCCGCGAUCCAGGUGAGGUGGUUCCAGGGCCAGCAGGAGCUCUCUGUGCUGGCCACCGACAUUUUGCCCAACGGGGACUGGAGCCACCAGCUGCUGGUGCUGCUGGAAGCGCCGCCCCGGCGCGGGGUCACCUAUACCUGCCAGGUGGAGCACGUCAGCCUGGAGCAGCCCCUGAGCCGGCACUGGGAGAUGCCACCGGACAGUGCCCGCAGGAAGAUGCGGAUGGGGAUCGGGGGCUUUGUGUUGGGCUUCGUCUUCCUGGCGCUGGGGCUCGGCUUCUACCUGCGCAAGAAGGUGUGUUCCAUUUCUGGGGAAAAGCCCACUGUCACUUCCUCGAUGGCAACAACUGGCUGAAGUUUGUGGACAAGGGACAUCCACAACUGGGAGUAAUUUGGGCUCAGGACAUACCCCAAAGUUUUGAGGUGGGAUUGAGCAGUUUGGAGGUGGAGUUGAGCCAUUUUCAGUGGGAUGGAGUCGUUUUGAGGCACCAUCCAUCCCUCUCUGCUUGUGGGGAGCAGAGCUGUGAGGGACUGAAAUGUCCCGGGUUAAUGGCUCGAACCAUUGGCAAAAGCAGAGGGGCUUUGCUGGCCAUGGGCAUGGGAAGUGCCCGGGGCAGAGGGGAUGAACAGCCAGCCCCAGACGGGACAAGCUGGGCUGGGAGCCAGGGAAGGGAAGAGGCCGAUCAGGAGCAGAUGCUGCCACGUGGGACAGGGCUUUGGACAGGGCAAUGCCCUCCCUUACACAACUGCCUCGCCUCUGGAAACUCCCCUGGGGAAGGCCCAGGACAUUCACACAGAGAGGGCUGGAGCUUUCCAUCCCUUCACAUGGGCCAUACCUGGCUCAGCUGCACUGCUGGGAGAGGCAGGGCCACAUCUCAGAAGGGGCCAGAAACCAUCAGAGCCGCCCACAGUGCCCCAGGAUCCACAGUGUGACAUCAGACAGUGUAAAACUCCCUCCAGAGGAGGUACUUGGGCAUUCACCCAAACCUGAAUCCAUACUGACCCACAGAAUCUGGUGUUUCUGGGGCUUUCCCAACCCCCAAGGGGUCCAUCCUGGGACCAUCAUUUAGGCAAAGGACAAGGACAUUGCAACAGU